UCUCUUCGAGUUACUAGGGCGCCUAACGGAAACUCACACCGGCGGCCGAAGUGGAAGUGGACUCUCGACUCCUCGCCAGCACCGGUGGAGGAGAGAGAGAAACCAUUAAACCAGCAAGGUAUAAGAUAGAGAAAGUACUGAACCUCGUCUAGAGAGAGAAAUGACGAGGUCUCUAUGGGCAGCUCGGUGUAUCCUUGUGGAGCUCGCCGGAAAUGUCCGAUCACAUGCAAAGAAGAAUUUCGGCGCCAUUUCUUCUCAGAGAGAGCUCGAGGAGAGGGUCCUUGUCUGGUUUCAGCGAAGAGGCAUGGCUGGUUUGGCUAGACCCAGCGCCAGUAGGAAGGUUGCAGAGGAAGAAGAGGAAGAAAGAACGAAGGAAUUGAUGGGGAAGAUAAGGAAUAUUGGUAUCUCUGCUCACAUUGAUUCAGGGAAGACGACACUUACAGAGAGGGUUUUAUUCUAUACGGGCCGAAUUCAUGAGAUCCAUGAGGUGAGAGGGCGCGACGGCGUCGGUGCCAAGAUGGACUCGAUGGACCUAGAGAGAGAAAAGGGCAUCACUAUACAGUCGGCUGCUACUUAUUGCACAUGGAACAACCACCAGAUCAACAUAAUAGACACCCCAGGUCACGUGGAUUUCACGAUUGAAGUCGAAAGAGCUUUGCGUGUCCUUGAUGGAGCCAUACUUGUUCUUUGUAGUGUUGGUGGGGUUCAGAGUCAAUCGAUAACUGUGGACCGCCAAAUGAGAAGAUACGAAGUUCCAAGGCUUGCAUUUAUCAACAAGCUAGAUCGAAUGGGAGCUGAUCCAUGGAAGGUUCUUAACCAGGCAAGGUCUAAGCUCCGACAUCAUAGUGCUGCGAUGCAAGUUCCUAUAGGAUUGGAGGAAGAGUUUCAGGGUCUUGUAGACCUUGUACAAUUGAAAGCAAUUUUCUUUCAUGGUGCCAAUGGAGAGAAAGUUGCCACUUCAGACAUUCCUUCCAAUUUAGAGGCUGUAGUUGCAGAAAAAAGGCGUGAACUAAUUGAAACUGUCUCUGAUGUGGAUGACAAACUGGCUGAAUUGUUUCUUAAUGAUGAUCCCAUAUCACCUGGUGACCUGGAGGCCGCCAUUCGCAGGGCUACAAUAGCUCGCAAUUUUGUACCUGUUUUCAUGGGAAGCGCUUUCAAAAAUAAGGGAGUGCAAACCCUCCUGGAUGGGGUGCUUCACUAUUUGCCUUGCCCCAUUGAAGUUAGUAAUUAUGCUUUGGACCAAACAAAGAAUGAGGAGAAGGUCAUGUUGUCUGGGUCGCCAACUGGACCUCUUGUUGCAUUGGCUUUCAAAUUGGAAGAAGGACGUUUUGGUCAGUUGACCUAUUUGAGAAUCUAUGAGGGUACUAUUCGAAAGGGUGACUUUAUAGUCAAUGUUAACACCGGAAAGAAGAUCAAAGUUCCUCGGCUUGUUCGUAUGCAUUCAGAUGAAAUGGAGGACAUUCAAGAGGCACAUGCUGGCCAAAUUGUCGCUGUAUUUGGUGUAGAUUGUGCAUCAGGUGAUACUUUCACCGAUGGGUCUGUGAGAUACACCAUGACUUCGAUGAAUGUCCCUGAGCCAGUGAUGUCUUUGGCUGUUUCACCUGUAUCUAAAGAUUCUGGAGGACAAUUCUCUAAAGCUUUGAAUCGCUUUCAAAGAGAGGACCCAACUUUUCGUGUUGGUUUGGAUGUUGAAAGUGGUCAGACUAUAAUUUCUGGCAUGGGGGAGCUACAUUUGGACAUUUAUGUUGAACGCAUUCGAAGGGAAUAUAAGGUGGAUGCUGCUGUUGGAAAGCCCCGUGUAAAUUUCCGGGAGACUGUCACACAGCGUGCCGAAUUUGAUUAUCUACACAAAAAGCAAAGUGGAGGGCAAGGACAGUACGGAAGAGUAUGUGGGUAUAUUGAGCCACUGCCAGAGGGAUCUCCUGUUAAGUUUGAAUUUGAGAACAUGAUUAUUGGACAAGCUGUACCAUCAAACUUCAUCCCUGCUAUUGAAAAGGGUUUUAGAGAAGCAUGCAACUCUGGCUCAUUGAUUGGGCAUCCAGUUGAAUACAUAAGGGUGGUCUUGACUGAUGGUGCAUCUCAUACAGUGGAUUCCAGUGAGCUCGCUUUCAAAUUGGCAGCAAUAUAUGCUUUGAGGCAGUGUUAUGGAGCUGCCAAGCCUGUUAUACUAGAGCCCACCAUGCUUGUGGAGUUGAAAGUGCCAACAGAGUUCCAGGGUGCCGUUGCUGGUGAUAUUAAUAAGAGAAAAGGUAUGAUUGUCGGAAAUGAUCAGGAGGGAGAUGACUCUGUAAUCACUGCUCAUGUUCCUCUGAACAAUAUGUUUGGAUAUUCUACUGCCCUUCGCUCGAUGACCCAGGGAAAAGGUGAAUUUACAAUGGAAUACAAGGAACACUUGCCAGUGUCUCAGGAUGUACAAAUGCAGCUAGUAAACAACUACAAAACCACCAAGUCAGUCGAGUAGUCCCUCGGAUAAAUAUCAUACAAAUUAGUUGUAAAAUUUUAUUGAUAAGUGAUGAUAGUAAUUAAGGCUCUAUUUAUAGGACAAAGCAUUUUAAUUGUUCAAUUCUGAGGAUGUAUUUUUUCUCAUGGUGGAGUUUGCGGCUGAUAAAUUUUGUAUAUUUUAUUUUGUUUUUAGGAAAUUUUGGAUUCUAGAACCAAUCUAAGUUUAUUUGAUGAUCCUGUGAUUAUUGCUAUAAUGGAAGAUCUUGUGCCAUUUCCACUUA